UGCUUUAGAAUUACACGGCAGCAGGAAGUCGGUAAAAGUUAAGUGCACCGACCAUUCGCUGCCGGGGUUCACUGUCAGUGCCAUCGUCGCACGAGCAGUUUAAAUCCCGAUCCCAAUGUCGUCCGACGUUACACUACGUCGGUUUCUUCUGUGUUCGAGCGCGACAUCAUACGCCCAAGUUGGCGUUUGUAACGUGUCAAGAUCGUUACACUCGUAGUAUAUUUCGCCAUGAGUUAAACGAAUCAGCGUGUCCAGAAAUCGUAUGAAAAAAAGGAAAAGGAAAGGAAAAAGAGAAAACUCUUGUCGGAGAAAUCACAAAGUCUAAUAUGAAAUCGUUUAACGAAAUUUAGGAAAGGAUUUAAAAAACGCUAAAACAUCCCUCGUAUCCUCUUGUGAUUGUCGCACACCGCCACCACCACCACUGCCUCUCUUCCACGCGCAUUCUCGAGCACUCGUCGAAUCGACCAAGCGUAUCGAAUGGUCGAGUAGAAGUAAGAAAAAGCCGAGAAAAAAAUAACACACAUACACACCACGAGAAAUACGCCGACAGCGACCUGAGAUCGUGUACCGAAGUCAGUCAUGAAUCUUAUGUUCCGCAAGAACUUCGGCGAGAAGGGACUCGGUGGUGGCGGACUAGGUGGAGGAGGACUAGGGGAAGUUCGGCCUGCUCUGAGCACCACCACUACUUACGGGACCAGCGGGGCCUCAUUCGGCCAGAUAGGGACGCGUUUUGGCGCUACGCGCGGUGGUAUCGGCCAGUCAGUGGUCAGUGGCGUGCGUGGACCCGUACGACGCAGCCGGGAAUUCGGAUACUUUCCGUUAAUGGGCGAUCACGAGCACCAGGGACAUGGCUACCGUACUCACUUAUUCCUAUCACCACCUGCAGGUGGGGCACUUGGUUCACCGCCCGAAGAAUCGGGCGAGCGACUGGGUCCACCGCCACGCCGCAACUCGGGCUCCCAUGUGAUUAAAUGGGGUGGCGGUGGGCCUGUCAGUUCCACGCAAAGCGGCCAGACUGGCAAUCAGAUCAGAAGGAAGCAAAAUCAGAUCGGUCAGCAGAAAGAGCCUUCCGACCCACCAAGUCCGACUGCGUCCAGACAGGUAUCCUUCAGCGGAAAUCGUACUUCCGGUACCUACACACCUCUCGUAGUUUCUGGAAACAGCCCGCCACGAGGCGAACCAAUCUCUUUGGCCACUUUGGACCGUGACUGCUUUAUUAUACCUCUCGCUUCUCUCGAACGUUUUUUACCAGCUGGUGUACCACAUGCUCCUGUCGCUGAUAAGAAGAGACCGGGAAGUCCUCUGUCGGUUCUCGAGGUUGAGGAUCCGAAACAAUGUGUUCUCGCGCAUUUCAUGACGCCACUAGAACCUCUGGACCCGCUAAUGGAAUCUCCAGUGUCUCGACCGUUAGUCUUACAACGCGACACCGCUGCGGAACUAGUCGCCGAGAUAGCACCCUCUGCUUCGCAAAGUAUUUUACUUACAAAUAUGGAGAAGAACGCGGACUUCCCGUUUAUUACGUAUUAUCUAAUAAAUAAGCAGAGCACGGACCCUGUAGAUUUUUACAACGAAGUGCAAUGCGCGGCUCUACGUAAGUUCGAUCCUCGAGAUCUUAGAUACGCUGCCAGUCACACGUUAGAUCUGUUCAACGAGGUAGCGACCAUCGCGAGACCGCCGCUCGAACCACCCGGUGGAAGACCACCUAUUCCAUCCACCGGUUAUAUAGUAUCGAUUUUUAAAGUUUUUGAAGGUGAUGAUGGCCUCAAAUUUGAACAAAAUUGGCUCUAUUGGACAGGCGCGCGGAUGAUGUAUCGAUACUUGCCAAAAAGCGUGGGUCUCAGACGUAUUACUUUGCACAAAUCGAUGUCACAAGGCGAUAAGAUGUAUCUGUUGAUCUGCGAGUGUUCGCAGCUACAAGACAAUCUAUCCGCUGCGGCAAUACUUCUGCCGGCACUUCGUGCACGUCUGUGCGGAUACACCGGACUUUACAGACCUUCCGUAUGCUUUUGAUUCCUCACCCAGCUGUUAGAGUCUGCGAGAAGCAUCCUUUCGAAUCGCGUUACGUAUAACUCUGCAGAAAAAUCCAAACGAAAUGGUGUCGUAUCAAAUUUCAAUGUUUUACUUCACGAUUCUAUUUUUAACUAAACAAAUCCAUACCAAUUCUUUGAGUUAAUAGUGAAACAAUAUCGACAAGCAAUGGUAUCGAUCAGCAUUUCUAUUUUUAAUCAGAAUUAAUUUUGAUUGCAGGAACAUGAUUAAUAUUAUAACGGAAGAGAAGACGCGAUACUAAUUUGCAGGAACUGAUGAUAUAUCGUCGCAAAUAUCGUUAACAAACGAGACACUGUGAUUUCUUAUCGUACUACCUAUUAUAAGGAGCGCAACUUCGUAUACGCUUUAGACGAGUCUCGUCGAUAAUUGACGAGACGGCCUGCAUGCUCGAUUAGAUAUGCAACUGAACCUAUUUGUAUUUUUCGACUUUACUAUCUCGUUCAUUACGCAAGCGAGCAUUGCCCAAGUAGGGUCACCGAACGAAACGAAAAUGAAAUGUAUACAGAAGGAAUAGUAAUAAAAUUAAUAGGUUGCAGAAAGUAUAUUAUAACAUAUAUACGUAAUAUAAAAUAUAAAACGGGUGUCCGAUCCAUCUCAUACAGAUGAAACGCCAAGGACUCUCGACAUUUAAUUUCCUGAAAGAACAUUCUAUGUAUUAACAUGGAAAAGUUAAUGAUAUACGCGUGUUGCCGAUUAUAGAGACGUUUGGUCAUCCUACGGGCAUCGCAAUAUACAAGCAUAACGAUAUUCGCAACAUACUUUUAUUACUAUUGAUAACUAUCGAAUAAUCGCUAAUUACAUAUCAUACUCGAUAAACUGUGAUAUUUGAACCAGCAGCGUAUAUAUCACAAUGGAAAACUCCUCCUGAAAACCUAUUCUUGAAAAUGCUACUCUUGAAAUCAAUUUAGGUGACUUAGGCACAAGGUAGUGGAACUUCGAAGGCCAACGCGGUAGAACGUAAUAACUUCAAGUCCUUUAUCGAUUAUCUCAAUAUUUGAUAUUAUAUGUAUAUCCGUAUACACGGAUUUUAUGCUCGCGAAAUUCGAUCGGCAGAUGUUUCAUGUGUGUGUGGAUAAGUUACAUUUAAAAAAAUAGAAAUUUGAAUGA